AUGACUGGUACAGAACACCCUGGCCAAGUCGAUGACGGCUGGGACGAAGCACAAUGCACCUCAGCGCUGGCACAUUUAGAGCGACUACAGGCACAGAUCGAUGAUCUACGCCUCGCCAUCCCCCAGAUAGUCGAACCGUUCCACCAACCCUUUACUUCCACCACCUUCAAACAGUAUGCGCAAGGCGCCAUGAGCUCACAGAACGGCAUCAAGUCGCUCAACGAGCAAUGGAAUAGUCUUGAGAACCAGAAGACCUUCGAGCAUGUUAGGAAAAGUUAUGCUACCAACUCAGAUCUCUCCGCAAGCACAACGAUACCAUCCUACGGUUGGCAAGAGAGAGCGCGCAGCAAUACAGAUCCAGUUCAGAAUGUGCAUAGUGAUGUUAUAGAAGAAAAUUGUGCCGUUCUCAGCGACAAGGACGUCUCACGCAUCAUAGUCGAGUUCCAAAAGAAACGACCCGACAUCAAACUGGAGACACAGGACGACGACCAAACUAUAUUGAUGUAUUUUAUAUCUACUUCGAAAAAGCUAGAGUUCCGUAUUGUCAUUGAACGCGAUGCGAACGGUCGACACAAACUUGCAGCUGACUGCCUGGGACCCAAGGAGCUCCUUCAAGCCAUCACACGAUGCAUAGCGUCACGUCCAAACGCAAACGACUUGGAGUAUCUAUUGGAUAUGUUGGCUGCAUACAAGACCAUGAAGCCACCAUCAUGUGCUAAAUGCGCCAAAAUUCUUGACCAAACAAUGUUGCCACCAACUGCGAGACGAAGCUUUCCAUGA